AUGUCGCCAGCCGUGACGGCGCAGUCGCCUUUCGGCUCCUCCCUCCAGUCAUCUCUCCGCCUGCUGGUGCUUUUCCACGGUUCUCUGUUAGCCAUGUCGCGGCGUUUUGUGUAUCAGUUUGACCAAGUAGUGACGGCCGCGCUAGGGCCAAAUGGACGAUACAUUGCGAUGGUCGGGAUGACCGCCUCAGCGGUGCUCCUCACUUUCCAUUACAAGUUUCGGGAGGUUAUUGCGGCGACAGACAACGUUGCAGAAAUUCAGAGCCCCAACAAGCUCUUCUACUUGAGACUACUCUUCGGCCGCACCCGAUCGCGCCUCACCGGGUCCGUUAUGAACAUUAAUAUCACGCCGGCUUUGAGGGAUCCCAUUUACCGCACUCUGGCGAAAGUCGGCGGCAUUGAUACAGAGGAAAUCCGCUACCCCUUGCGCAGCUACAAAUGCAUUGGGCACCUCUUUGCGCGCACCCUCAAGGACAGAGAAAGAGAGAUCGAGGACAUCGGCACUCAGUCGCUCGCGAGCCCAGCAGACGGCGUGGUCACGGCCGUGGGAGAUGUGAAUUCCGGACGCGUUGAGCAGGUAAAAGGCGCAACUUACAGUCUGCGAGCCUUCCUCGGUCUCAUGCCGAAGGUCAGCGACCCGGAGAAAAACACGCUCAAGUUCGUCGUUCUCCACCUGAAACCGAAGAAUUACCACCACUUCCACGCGCCGGCGAAGUUCGACGUCAACGUGCUGCGACAUAUGACCGGAGAAACACUUCCAGUCUUCUCGUCCUUCUUGAAGAGAUUCAACGACGUUUUCUCGGUAAACGAACGCGUCGUCAUGAGCGGCAGUUGGAAGUAUGGCUGCAUGCACAUGGUUGCGGUGGCUGCGUACAACGUCGGCAACAUCCGAAUCGACAAAGAGCCAGAUCUACGGACCAACGAGUUACGAGUCGUGCUCCGGCACCUGGGAGGCGACGUGGAAACAAAAACCUACACCCGUGAACCAUUCGAGUACUCCGUGGGCCAGCAUGUUGGCGAGUUCCGCCUGGGUAGCACCAUAGUCCUCGUUUUCGAGGCUCCUCGCGAGUUCACAUGGGACAUGAAGCCGGGACAGGAAGUCCGAGUGGGCCAGAGGCUUGGCGGAGUCGGCCCGCCUCGGCGCGCUGAGACGGAGGAAGAACGCCUUUUCGCUUUCUACUGA